AUGCCCACCACCUGUGUUUUUCAGCUGGAUCGCCUGAAUCCCGUCUAUAACAGCGGCGAAUACAUCAGCGGACGCAUUCUGCUGCGCACGGACAAGGUGAAGCGCGUGAAUGCUGUCUAUGUAACCCUGGAGGGUGAGGCCAAGGUGCAGUGGUCCAUGAGUGGCAAAACUGAGACAUCCAACUAUUCGGGCCAUCAGCAGUAUCUGCACACACGGACCAAUGUCUUCGAUAACUCCCUGUUCCGUGCCGGGGUACAUGUUUAUGUGUUGACCCUGCGCAUACCCCCAGACUGCCCUAGCACCUGUAAGGGUCCGUAUGGUUACAUUGCGUACAAUAUCUCACUGACCAUUGACAAGCCCUGGGGCUUCGAUGAGAUCUUUCGCAAACCCAUUAUGGUCGUUCAGACAUUGGAUCUUAACUAUAACUCGGAGUUCGCGCUUCCCGUCAAGGAUGAGAACAUUAAAUACCUCUGCCACUGGCCCUGCAUCUCCGGACCAAUUAGCUCCAGCUUGGCACUGCCCGCAUCUGGAUUUACGCCCCUGCAGGAGGUGCCAUUCAGCGUGGAGGUGGACAACCAAUCGCCGCACUAUGAUAUUAUUGGCCUUGAGGUGUCCAUAAAGCAACAUUUUGUGUUCCUCUCGCGCAAGCCGGUCAAACGGAACUUCUACACGAAAACGCUCUGCAAGGAUAUCAUCACAGAUCGCACCUUGAGGCUGUCCAAGAGGGUGUAUGAGUCGAGCAUCUGUGUGCCCAUGGAUACGGCCCGUUCCACACUAAAUCCCAACUACAUAGUAUUCCUGCACUAUACGCUGCAGGUCAAGCUGAAGACGGGCUACUUUCACUACGAUACGGAUUUGUCUGUUCCCAUUGUGGUGGGCACCACGCCAUUGCAGCAUUUGCGUGCCACUGUGCGCACCCAGCAGCCGGCGCGACGCACUACGACGCCGGAGCGACAGCGCCUGAUUGAGCGGGUGCAGCCGCGACCCGCAACGGUGGAGGAGGAGACGCCACAAGAAACUGAGGCGGCAGCUGAUGAGACGCAUCAGGUGGUGGAGGAUGAUGAGCCACCCUCGUAUGAUAGUUGCCUGCCGCCUUCCUUUAGCUUUGCCACCUUGGGUGGCAGCCAGCCAACGCUGGAGAGUCAGCCGCGUGUACACCUGCCCAAAUUUCCGGGCUUUAGCACAUUUAUAGGCGCGGCGCCCGCGCAUGACUUGAUCUUGGAGGACUCCGGACUGGAUAUGCAUUACUAUCGUUCCUAUGGCUCACUCGAUACGGAUCACACGGGUCGCAGCCUGGAUACCUUUGGCUCGCUAUGUGGCCCCAUUUCCGACCCGAGCGAGUCGGAGCAGCAGGAGCUACUGGCCGUGCUCGAUGUCACGGCCCAGGUGCAUCAGCCGGCGCCGCUGCAAACACAGGCGGAGCAUCAAUUCUAA